AUGAGAUCAUUAUUGAUGGAUAAUAUACGAGCCCGGUUAGGCAGCUGUGGAACUACCACGAUAAAAUAUUUGCUCUUUGUCUUCAAUCUUAUAUUUGCGGUGUCCGGGUUGAUUCUCCUGAUCGCUGGAAUCUUGGUAUUGUUAGACGUAAACGAUUAUCAGCAUUUUGUAGAGGACAAACUAACGGCUCCACCAGUUGUAUUGAUUGUUGUUGGCACAUUUGUUUUCCUCGUGGCAUCACUCGGCUGUUAUGGUGCUAUCAAGGAAUCGCCGAAGCUACUGAACGCCUUCGCUGUAUUUCUACUGAUUGUUUUGAUAAUAGAAGUUGCUGUAGCUUUUGCAACCGUGGCAUUUAAAUCAGACCUUCAGAAUGCUCUUGAAAACCAACUGGAAAAAUCGAUUGUCAGACAUAACAGUGCCGAUAUGGCAGCGUGGAACAGUGUGCAUAAGCAGAUGAUGUGCUGUGGAGUUCAGGGUCCAAAAGAUUGGUAUGAUAACAACAACAGGACCAUGCCAGCUAGUUGCUGCAAGCCGGAUUUAAUCGACCCCGAAACUAAUGAUUGCAAAAAUGCGCUUCCAUUGUUCAUGGACCGUUAUUAUCAGGAAGGAUGUCUGAUGAAGCUAAAAGAUCACUUUGGCAAAAAUGCAGUAAUUCUCAUUGCCGUUGGCUUCGCCAUAGCAGGUUUCCAAUUGUUGGGCAUUAUAUUUGCGCUUUGGCUAUCAUCGGCAAUCAAACGGGAUAGUAACUAG